AUGGUUCGUGAAGGUCGUGUUGACGUGCAUAGAAAAACUAUUUGUGAUCCAAUCAGUGGACAAUUCUACCCUAUUCCAGAAGCAUUAACAAAAGGUUUUGUUUUCGGCAUUGUUUUUACUCAAGCUGAACAACAUUUGGAAAAUAAUCAGCGAACAUCUAAUUCUUUAUAUUGGUUGGAAGUAUUUCAUUAUCGCCAUGAUAUAUAUCGCUUAGAAAGAGUGUUUGAUCCUUAUUUGAAUAGUUUGGUUUCAGUAUCUGAUGCAAUUGGGACUGGUAUUAUUGACCCUAUCCAUUGUUCAUAUACUCAUCCGGUAAGCGGAAAUUUAUAUUCAAUCGAAGAAGCUUUGUAUCAAGGUUGGAUACAAGCAUUGCCUGUUGGUAAUCCACCACCAUUUGAUUUAAUCGGCAGUUCAUUUGAUCACGUUCAUGUACGUACAGUUGAAGAAACUACCACUUUUACAAGAUCUGUACAUACUAUACUUCGUAGUAAACAACUUCAAAAUAAUAUAAAUAAAGAAAUCUGUUCACCUGAUCAAAAAUCUAUGCAUAUUUCACCACAGACGACAUUAAAUGUACAACGUCAAAUACAAUGUAAAACACCACCAAGUUAUCGACCUACUCAUAGGAUACUGACAGAUUCUUCUACUAGAUAUAAACUGAAAUCAGACAAUCAGAUUACACCAUCUGAAAUCAAUCACAAUAUAAAAAGUGAGGAAUCUGAAGUUUCGACAUAUUCACAUCCUAAUGAACAACACUAUAGUGAUCGUAAACAAGAGGUGAAUAAAACUACUAAGAAUACAAAUUUUAGGAAUUCUUUAGGUUUACAGCUGAAAUCACCAGUUCAUCCUCUUCAACCUGUCCGUCUAGUUGACAGUACUACACUACCAGCUAUUAGUUUAUCAUUAGUAAGAUAUCAGUAUCCUGAUCCUGCACCUAAAAUUACUUCAAAUUCAUCGGCAACAUAUACACCACGAUAUAUUCUUCUUGAAACUGCUAUUCAAAGAGGAUGGAUAGAUACUGAACACGGUUUACUAAGAACACAAUGUGGAAGAACUAGUACUGUUAAUUUAUUAGAAGCUGUAGAAAAAGCGUUAAUUGAUCCUAAUCAAUUGCUUGUAUGUGUUCAGCACUAUAAUGAAGAUAAUUUGAAAGAACAUCCCGUGUACGGUGAUCAAGAAGUACCUGUUUAUUAUAGUUUAGCAACUAUACUUGAUACAGCAACAUUGAUAAUGCAAACAGAAACGACAGAGUCUUUACAUGAACACUGGAGAUCAAAUCUCUUGAAACUACUGAUUAGAACAGGAAUAUGUUCAACAGGUGUUCAAAGGAGAGUGAACGUCAGAAUCGAAAAACGAUUAAGCGAAAGCGAUAAAGAGAUCAUUCGAAAAAAUAUGUUACAGAAAACUAUAAUAUGGAGUAAUGAAAAUGAAAAAAUUGGACAGUAUGAAACAAACAAAACGAUCAAAUUAUCAGACAGCAAACAAACAAUGAAUAUACACAACGGAAACAACGAGAGGUCGAAGGCAAAUACAAAAGCAACAACACAUCGAAUAACAGAAAAAAUUGGAACAGAUAUAUUAUACGAUAAAAUAUUUCAAACAAAACCAAACGCACAAUAUAAAAAGUACGAAACCGAUACAGAAAACACCGAAAAUAUCCGAAGAAAGAAAAUAAAACAUAAAGACCAAAACCGCGAAACCCAGCCUAAAACAAAUACACAAGAAAACAGUGGGGGUUCGACGAGUGUAUCCGAGUUGUUGUCGGACAUGACAGAGAGACGAGGUGUGGACAGUGGUUUGGAUUCGGACAUGCUGUCGUCAGAUGGUGUUAGGUAUGGAGAAGUGUCUGUUGUGGCUGACCAGCGUGGACUUCAGUUACGUGAGGCGAUUGAAGCGGGUCUUGUUGACACAAAGUCUGGACUAGUUCGUGAUCCGUCUAGUGGCGAGGUGUUGACGUUGUCACAGGCUGUGAACAGUGGUCUUAUAUCGGGUGAGCGGUCGUUGGUUCGCGAUCCUAGUUCCGGACGUCUCGAGAGUCUUGGUAGAAUGAUGUUGACAGGUUUGUUGGCGCCUGUAGGUUUGAUUGCUCUGGCGAUGGAGUCGACGUCCUCGAGACCAGGAGGUGUUGUGUGUGAGUCGACGAGUGCUUCGGAGCCAGUUGUAGAUGUUGGUGUGGGCAGGUUGUCUGAGUUGAGAUCUGUCGGUGGCACGGGUGAUUCAUUGUGUGUGGAUGAGGUUGGUGCAAGUGUGGCGGACUUGAAGAGCGAUCAACUGGAGUCAGUGACUCGUCCAUCCGACUUGAUGAUGACCGAUGUGAGAGUGGGUGAACGUGGUGAGACGAGUGUCGGUCGUGACGCGACACCAGUGCACAGAGGCGGUGAUGAAUCUGAGGGUGUUGUGUCAUCAGAGACGAUUUCUGAGUACGGUGUAUCCGGUGUGUAUGUGGAUGACGUUGAUGUGAAGAGGCGAGCGAUGCAGACGAGUGAGGAUGUUUUGUCGUCGAGCAGAGAUGGUGUUGUGAUGGGUGUGGGUUCGACGAGUGUAUCCGAGUUGUUGUCGGACAUGACAGAGAGACGAGGUGUGGACAGUGGUUUGGAUUCGGACAUGCUGUCGUCAGAUGGUGUUAGGUAUGGAGAAGUGUCUGUUGUGGCUGACCAGCGUGGACUUCAGUUACGUGAGGCGAUUGAAGCGGGUCUUGUUGACACAAAGUCUGGACUAGUUCGUGAUCCGUCUAGUGGCGAGGUGUUGACGUUGUCACAGGCUGUGAACAGUGGUCUUAUAUCGGGUGAGCGGUCGUUGGUUCGCGAUCCUAGUUCCGGACGUCUCGAGAGUCUUGGUAGAAUGAUGUUGACAGGUUUGUUGGCGCCUGUAGGUUUGAUUGCUCUGGCGAUGGAGUCGACGUCCUCGAGACCAGGAGGUGUUGUGUGUGAGUCGACGAGUGCUUCGGAGCCAGUUGUAGAUGUUGGUGUGGGCAGGUUGUCUGAGUUGAGAUCUGUCGGUGGCACGGGUGAUUCAUUGUGUGUGGAUGAGGUUGGUGCAAGUGUGGCGGACUUGAAGAGCGAUCAACUGGAGUCAGUGACUCGUCCAUCCGACUUGAUGAUGACCGAUGUGAGAGUGGGUGAACGUGGUGAGACGAGUGUCGGUCGUGACGCGACACCAGUGCACAGAGGCGGUGAUGAAUCUGAGGGUGUUGUGUCAUCAGAGACGAUUUCUGAGUACGGUGUAUCCGGUGUGUAUGUGGAUGACGUUGAUGUGAAGAGGCGAGCGAUGCAGACGAGUGAGGAUGUUUUGUCGUCGAGCAGAGAUGGUGUUGUGAUGGGUGUGGGUUCGACGAGUGUAUCCGAGUUGUUGUCGGACAUGACAGAGAGACGAGGUGUGGACAGUGGUUUGGAUUCGGACAUGCUGUCGUCAGAUGGUGUUAGGUAUGGAGAAGUGUCUGUUGUGGCUGACCAGCGUGGACUUCAGUUACGUGAGGCGAUUGAAGCGGGUCUUGUUGACACAAAGUCUGGACUAGUUCGUGAUCCGUCUAGUGGCGAGGUGUUGACGUUGUCACAGGCUGUGAACAGUGGUCUUAUAUCGGGUGAGCGGUCGUUGGUUCGCGAUCCUAGUUCCGGACGUCUCGAGAGUCUUGGUAGAAUGAUGUUGACAGGUUUGUUGGCGCCUGUAGGUUUGAUUGCUCUGGCGAUGGAGUCGACGUCCUCGAGACCAGGAGGUGUUGUGUGUGAGUCGACGAGUGCUUCGGAGCCAGUUGUAGAUGUUGGUGUGGGCAGGUUGUCUGAGUUGAGAUCUGUCGGUGGCACGGGUGAUUCAUUGUGUGUGGAUGAGGUUGGUGCAAGUGUGGCGGACUUGAAGAGCGAUCAACUGGAGUCAGUGACUCGUCCAUCCGACUUGAUGAUGACCGAUGUGAGAGUGGGUGAACGUGGUGAGACGAGUGUCGGUCGUGACGCGACACCAGUGCACAGAGGCGGUGAUGAAUCUGAGGGUGUUGUGUCAUCAGAGACGAUUUCUGAGUACGGUGUAUCCGGUGUGUAUGUGGAUGACGUUGAUGUGAAGAGGCGAGCGAUGCAGACGAGUGAGGAUGUUUUGUCGUCGAGCAGAGAUGGUGUUGUGAUGGGUGUGGGUUCGACGAGUGUAUCCGAGUUGUUGUCGGACAUGACAGAGAGACGAGGUGUGGACAGUGGUUUGGAUUCGGACAUGCUGUCGUCAGAUGGUGUUAGGUAUGGAGAAGUGUCUGUUGUGGCUGACCAGCGUGGACUUCAGUUACGUGAGGCGAUUGAAGCGGGUCUUGUUGACACAAAGUCUGGACUAGUUCGUGAUCCGUCUAGUGGCGAGGUGUUGACGUUGUCACAGGCUGUGAACAGUGGUCUUAUAUCGGGUGAGCGGUCGUUGGUUCGCGAUCCUAGUUCCGGACGUCUCGAGAGUCUUGGUAGAAUGAUGUUGACAGGUUUGUUGGCGCCUGUAGGUUUGAUUGCUCUGGCGAUGGAGUCGACGUCCUCGAGACCAGGAGGUGUUGUGUGUGAGUCGACGAGUGCUUCGGAGCCAGUUGUAGAUGUUGGUGUGGGCAGGUUGUCUGAGUUGAGAUCUGUCGGUGGCACGGGUGAUUCAUUGUGUGUGGAUGAGGUUGGUGCAAGUGUGGCGGACUUGAAGAGCGAUCAACUGGAGUCAGUGACUCGUCCAUCCGACUUGAUGAUGACCGAUGUGAGAGUGGGUGAACGUGGUGAGACGAGUGUCGGUCGUGACGCGACACCAGUGCACAGAGGCGGUGAUGAAUCUGAGGGUGUUGUGUCAUCAGAGACGAUUUCUGAGUACGGUGUAUCCGGUGUGUAUGUGGAUGACGUUGAUGUGAAGAGGCGAGCGAUGCAGACGAGUGAGGAUGUUUUGUCGUCGAGCAGAGAUGGUGUUGUGAUGGGUGUGGGUUCGACGAGUGUAUCCGAGUUGUUGUCGGACAUGACAGAGAGACGAGGUGUGGACAGUGGUUUGGAUUCGGACAUGCUGUCGUCAGAUGGUGUUAGGUAUGGAGAAGUGUCUGUUGUGGCUGACCAGCGUGGACUUCAGUUACGUGAGGCGAUUGAAGCGGGUCUUGUUGACACAAAGUCUGGACUAGUUCGUGAUCCGUCUAGUGGCGAGGUGUUGACGUUGUCACAGGCUGUGAACAGUGGUCUUAUAUCGGGUGAGCGGUCGUUGGUUCGCGAUCCUAGUUCCGGACGUCUCGAGAGUCUUGGUAGAAUGAUGUUGACAGGUUUGUUGGCGCCUGUAGGUUUGAUUGCUCUGGCGAUGGAGUCGACGUCCUCGAGACCAGGAGGUGUUGUGUGUGAGUCGACGAGUGCUUCGGAGCCAGUUGUAGAUGUUGGUGUGGGCAGGUUGUCUGAGUUGAGAUCUGUCGGUGGCACGGGUGAUUCAUUGUGUGUGGAUGAGGUUGGUGCAAGUGUGGCGGACUUGAAGAGCGAUCAACUGGAGUCAGUGACUCGUCCAUCCGACUUGAUGAUGACCGAUGUGAGAGUGGGUGAACGUGGUGAGACGAGUGUCGGUCGUGACGCGACACCAGUGCACAGAGGCGGUGAUGAAUCUGAGGGUGUUGUGUCAUCAGAGACGAUUUCUGAGUACGGUGUAUCCGGUGUGUAUGUGGAUGACGUUGAUGUGAAGAGGCGAGCGAUGCAGACGAGUGAGGAUGUUUUGUCGUCGAGCAGAGAUGGUGUUGUGAUGGGUGUGGGUUCGACGAGUGUAUCCGAGUUGUUGUCGGACAUGACAGAGAGACGAGGUGUGGACAGUGGUUUGGAUUCGGACAUGCUGUCGUCAGAUGGUGUUAGGUAUGGAGAAGUGUCUGUUGUGGCUGACCAGCGUGGACUUCAGUUACGUGAGGCGAUUGAAGCGGGUCUUGUUGACACAAAGUCUGGACUAGUUCGUGAUCCGUCUAGUGGCGAGGUGUUGACGUUGUCACAGGCUGUGAACAGUGGUCUUAUAUCGGGUGAGCGGUCGUUGGUUCGCGAUCCUAGUUCCGGACGUCUCGAGAGUCUUGGUAGAAUGAUGUUGACAGGUUUGUUGGCGCCUGUAGGUUUGAUUGCUCUGGCGAUGGAGUCGACGUCCUCGAGACCAGGAGGUGUUGUGUGUGAGUCGACGAGUGCUUCGGAGCCAGUUGUAGAUGUUGGUGUGGGCAGGUUGUCUGAGUUGAGAUCUGUCGGUGGCACGGGUGAUUCAUUGUGUGUGGAUGAGGUUGGUGCAAGUGUGGCGGACUUGAAGAGCGAUCAACUGGAGUCAGUGACUCGUCCAUCCGACUUGAUGAUGACCGAUGUGAGAGUGGGUGAACGUGGUGAGACGAGUGUCGGUCGUGACGCGACACCAGUGCACAGAGGCGGUGAUGAAUCUGAGGGUGUUGUGUCAUCAGAGACGAUUUCUGAGUACGGUGUAUCCGGUGUGUAUGUGGAUGACGUUGAUGUGAAGAGGCGAGCGAUGCAGACGAGUGAGGAUGUUUUGUCGUCGAGCAGAGAUGGUGUUGUGAUGGGUGUGGGUUCGACGAGUGUAUCCGAGUUGUUGUCGGACAUGACAGAGAGACGAGGUGUGGACAGUGGUUUGGAUUCGGACAUGCUGUCGUCAGAUGGUGUUAGGUAUGGAGAAGUGUCUGUUGUGGCUGACCAGCGUGGACUUCAGUUACGUGAGGCGAUUGAAGCGGGUCUUGUUGACACAAAGUCUGGACUAGUUCGUGAUCCGUCUAGUGGCGAGGUGUUGACGUUGUCACAGGCUGUGAACAGUGGUCUUAUAUCGGGUGAGCGGUCGUUGGUUCGCGAUCCUAGUUCCGGACGUCUCGAGAGUCUUGGUAGAAUGAUGUUGACAGGUUUGUUGGCGCCUGUAGGUUUGAUUGCUCUGGCGAUGGAGUCGACGUCCUCGAGACCAGGAGGUGUUGUGUGUGAGUCGACGAGUGCUUCGGAGCCAGUUGUAGAUGUUGGUGUGGGCAGGUUGUCUGAGUUGAGAUCUGUCGGUGGCACGGGUGAUUCAUUGUGUGUGGAUGAGGUUGGUGCAAGUGUGGCGGACUUGAAGAGCGAUCAACUGGAGUCAGUGACUCGUCCAUCCGACUUGAUGAUGACCGAUGUGAGAGUGGGUGAACGUGGUGAGACGAGUGUCGGUCGUGACGCGACACCAGUGCACAGAGGCGGUGAUGAAUCUGAGGGUGUUGUGUCAUCAGAGACGAUUUCUGAGUACGGUGUAUCCGGUGUGUAUGUGGAUGACGUUGAUGUGAAGAGGCGAGCGAUGCAGACGAGUGAGGAUGUUUUGUCGUCGAGCAGAGAUGGUGUUGUGAUGGGUGUGGGUUCGACGAGUGUAUCCGAGUUGUUGUCGGACAUGACAGAGAGACGAGGUGUGGACAGUGGUUUGGAUUCGGACAUGCUGUCGUCAGAUGGUGUUAGGUAUGGAGAAGUGUCUGUUGUGGCUGACCAGCGUGGACUUCAGUUACGUGAGGCGAUUGAAGCGGGUCUUGUUGACACAAAGUCUGGACUAGUUCGUGAUCCGUCUAGUGGCGAGGUGUUGACGUUGUCACAGGCUGUGAACAGUGGUCUUAUAUCGGGUGAGCGGUCGUUGGUUCGCGAUCCUAGUUCCGGACGUCUCGAGAGUCUUGGUAGAAUGAUGUUGACAGGUUUGUUGGCGCCUGUAGGUUUGAUUGCUCUGGCGAUGGAGUCGACGUCCUCGAGACCAGGAGGUGUUGUGUGUGAGUCGACGAGUGCUUCGGAGCCAGUUGUAGAUGUUGGUGUGGGCAGGUUGUCUGAGUUGAGAUCUGUCGGUGGCACGGGUGAUUCAUUGUGUGUGGAUGAGGUUGGUGCAAGUGUGGCGGACUUGAAGAGCGAUCAACUGGAGUCAGUGACUCGUCCAUCCGACUUGAUGAUGACCGAUGUGAGAGUGGGUGAACGUGGUGAGACGAGUGUCGGUCGUGACGCGACACCAGUGCACAGAGGCGGUGAUGAAUCUGAGGGUGUUGUGUCAUCAGAGACGAUUUCUGAGUACGGUGUAUCCGGUGUGUAUGUGGAUGACGUUGAUGUGAAGAGGCGAGCGAUGCAGACGAGUGAGGAUGUUUUGUCGUCGAGCAGAGAUGGUGUUGUGAUGGGUGUGGGUUCGACGAGUGUAUCCGAGUUGUUGUCGGACAUGACAGAGAGACGAGGUGUGGACAGUGGUUUGGAUUCGGACAUGCUGUCGUCAGAUGGUGUUAGGUAUGGAGAAGUGUCUGUUGUGGCUGACCAGCGUGGACUUCAGUUACGUGAGGCGAUUGAAGCGGGUCUUGUUGACACAAAGUCUGGACUAGUUCGUGAUCCGUCUAGUGGCGAGGUGUUGACGUUGUCACAGGCUGUGAACAGUGGUCUUAUAUCGGGUGAGUGGUCGUUGGUUCGCGAUCCUAGUUCCGGACGUCUCGAGAGUCUUGGUAGAAUGAUGUUGACAGGUUUGUUGGCGCCUGUAGGUUUGAUUGCUCUGGCGAUGGAGUCGACGUCCUCGAGACCAGGAGGUGUUGUGUGUGAGUCGACGAGUGCUUCGGAGCCAGUUGUAGAUGUUGGUGUGGGCAGGUUGUCUGAGUUGAGAUCUGUCGGUGGCACGGGUGAUUCAUUGUGUGUGGAUGAGGUUGGUGCAAGUGUGGCGGACUUGAAGAGCGAUCAACUGGAGUCAGUGACUCGUCCAUCCGACUUGAUGAUGACCGAUGUGAGAGUGGGUGAACGUGGUGAGACGAGUGUCGGUCGUGACGCGACACCAGUGCACAGAGGCGGUGAUGAAUCUGAGGGUGUUGUGUCAUCAGAGACGAUUUCUGAGUACGGUGUAUCCGGUGUGUAUGUGGAUGACGUUGAUGUGAAGAGGCGAGCGAUGCAGACGAGUGAGGAUGUUUUGUCGUCGAGCAGAGAUGGUGUUGUGAUGGGUGUGGGUUCGACGAGUGUAUCCGAGUUGUUGUCGGACAUGACAGAGAGACGAGGUGUGGACAGUGGUUUGGAUUCGGACAUGCUGUCGUCAGAUGGUGUUAGGUAUGGAGAAGUGUCUGUUGUGGCUGACCAGCGUGGACUUCAGUUACGUGAGGCGAUUGAAGCGGGUCUUGUUGACACAAAGUCUGGACUAGUUCGUGAUCCGUCUAGUGGCGAGGUGUUGACGUUGUCACAGGCUGUGAACAGUGGUCUUAUAUCGGGUGAGCGGUCGUUGGUUCGCGAUCCUAGUUCCGGACGUCUCGAGAGUCUUGGUAGAAUGAUGUUGACAGGUUUGUUGGCGCCUGUAGGUUUGAUUGCUCUGGCGAUGGAGUCGACGUCCUCGAGACCAGGAGGUGUUGUGUGUGAGUCGACGAGUGCUUCGGAGCCAGUUGUAGAUGUUGGUGUGGGCAGGUUGUCUGAGUUGAGAUCUGUCGGUGGCACGGGUGAUUCAUUGUGUGUGGAUGAGGUUGGUGCAAGUGUGGCGGACUUGAAGAGCGAUCAACUGGAGUCAGUGACUCGUCCAUCCGACUUGAUGAUGACCGAUGUGAGAGUGGGUGAACGUGGUGAGACGAGUGUCGGUCGUGACGCGACACCAGUGCACAGAGGCGGUGAUGAAUCUGAGGGUGUUGUGUCAUCAGAGACGAUUUCUGAGUACGGUGUAUCCGGUGUGUAUGUGGAUGACGUUGAUGUGAAGAGGCGAGCGAUGCAGACGAGUGAGGAUGUUUUGUCGUCGAGCAGAGAUGGUGUUGUGAUGGGUGUGGGUUCGACGAGUGUAUCCGAGUUGUUGUCGGACAUGACAGAGAGACGAGGUGUGGACAGUGGUUUGGAUUCGGACAUGCUGUCGUCAGAUGGUGUUAGGUAUGGAGAAGUGUCUGUUGUGGCUGACCAGCGUGGACUUCAGUUACGUGAGGCGAUUGAAGCGGGUCUUGUUGACACAAAGUCUGGACUAGUUCGUGAUCCGUCUAGUGGCGAGGUGUUGACGUUGUCACAGGCUGUGAACAGUGGUCUUAUAUCGGGUGAGCGGUCGUUGGUUCGCGAUCCUAGUUCCGGACGUCUCGAGAGUCUUGGUAGAAUGAUGUUGACAGGUUUGUUGGCGCCUGUAGGUUUGAUUGCUCUGGCGAUGGAGUCGACGUCCUCGAGACCAGGAGGUGUUGUGUGUGAGUCGACGAGUGCUUCGGAGCCAGUUGUAGAUGUUGGUGUGGGCAGGUUGUCUGAGUUGAAAUCUGUCGGUGGCACGGGUGAUUCAUUGUGUGUGGAUGAGGUUGGUGCAAGUGUGGAGGACUUGAAGAGCGAUCAACUGGAGUCAGUGACUCCCCCAUCGGACAUGUUUCUUACAGUUUGGAGAAUGAAUGAUCGUGAUGCAACUUUCUCUGAUUAUCGACUCUCGUGUAAAUGCGAUUCCACUUCUGCUCCUUUGGUUUCUUGUCGUGAUACUAAUGAGUUUCAUGAUUCUUCUGCAGAAUCAGAAACUACAAGAAAGCUUAUAUCUCAGCUUUCCACUGCUUUGGAUGAAGAAACAUCAUGGAUAACUGGUUUAGAAUUAAAACUUUUACAAAUGGGGAAUUUGACUUUAGACGAUAAUUUAAACCGCCACCUCCUGGAUGAUCACCAAGAAAUUUUAAAUAAAAUUCGUACUCGUCAAUCUUCAAGUCGAUCUGUAUUAUUUCAAGCUGAACAAGCUAUUGAAACUUUACGUCAUACUAACCAACCAGAAUCUAUCUGGAAACAAUUAGAAGUAAAGUGUCAAGAACUGCGAACACGUUUAGAAGAUCUACAAACUGAAGCUGAGGGUCGAGUUCGAAUUUUACUUCAUAGUUUAGAUUCAUUAGAACAUCUUACUUAUAAAUUACAAAGUCUUCGUAAUCUAUUAGAAAACCUAGAUUCUGUUUUACUUGUUAACAUACCAUCCGUAAAUACUACUACUACUACAACUGGAGAAAAUCAACUGUCGAAUAAACUAAAUACAAUUAAUCAUCCAGAUGAAAUAGAUUCAUGUAUUUUACGAAUAAAAGCAGCUUUAAGUGAAUCAAAUUCAUCGCAUAAUAACGUUAUUAGUACAUUGCCAAGUGUAAAACAAAAAUUCAUUGCAUCUGUUAAUCGUUACGCUGAUAGUAAGAAAACAUAUAAUAUCAAAUUGAAUCAUUUCACUGGCUUAAAUUGUAAACAAUAUGAAGAUAAAAUUCAAAGAAAUAAUAUAGAAUUAGAAGAUAGAAUAGAAUAUACAGUAAAAGAAGCAAAUAAUCGUCUUUUACAUUUAAUUGGUCGUUUAGAAAUUCAAUCAACAUAUCUUACAGAAAUUAAUAUUCUAUAUAAACAAUAUGAAAAACAUUUAUCUGAAUCAAUUCAUCAAUUAGAUAAAACUAAAUUACAAUUGAAUAUAAUACAAAAAAGUCUUCUUCGAUCUGAUGAAUUAAAUACUUUAACAAUGAAUAAAAUUAAAAAACUUAGUCAAGAACGAUUAACUAAAUUAUACACAUUACAAGGUGAUCUUAAUAAAACUGAAAAUGAUCUAAAAAAUCUGAAAUCUGUUGAAUUAGAUUUAAUUGAAAAGAAAUUUACCGAAGCUAAUCUAAUUACAAAUAAUUCAAUGAAUGCAAUGAAUCAACCAUUAGAUAAUGCUUUAAAUUAUCAAAAUCAAUUAAUUGAUCAAUGUGAAAAAUUACAAAAACAAUUUAUGAAAUAUUUAUUAACCAAUCAAACAACACAAGAAUGUUUAAAUGAAUUUUUAAAUCAAACAAAUCGAAUUGGUGAUCAAUUAUCUAAUGAUUAUACUGAUCAUAAAAUGGAUGAUAUUAAAAAACAAUCAAUUGAAUUUCCUUUAGAUAUGAAUAAAUUAAAUGAAAUUUUAGCACAAAUCAAUUCUAUCCAAUCAGCUUCACAAAUAUUAAGAAAUCGUUUAAAUCAAACAAUAGAACAAGUUAAAACAAUUGAUCCUAAUAAAUUAAGAUUAACACAAUCAGAAUUGAAACAAACUGAUAUUUUAGAUAAUCGACUUGAAACUUUGAAGGAUGAUGUUCUUUCACGAAUUUCACAAUUGGAUACAUUGCAAAAUCAGUUGACACAGUAUGAUAAUGAUAUUAACGAAUUUAAUAUAUGGCUUGAUGAAGUUGGAAAUCAGUUAAAUUGUCAAACAACUGCUCAUCUACCAGAAAACUAUUUGAAGCAUAAACUUCAGUCAAUUAAAAUGCUUAUACCAAAUCGUCAACUACAGUUAGAUAAUAUACAACAAUCCAUUAAUGCUUUAUUAACUAAACUCCCUGAAAGUGAUGGUAAUGGUAAAUUGAUGAAAGACAAUAUGAAUAAUUUGAAUAAUCGUUGGUCACAAUUACUUCAUUUAAUAAAUACACGUGAAGAUGAUUUAAAAGCAAGAGAGUCAUUUAAUAAUUCCUAUGCACAAGCACGUAAUCAAGUACAAGAAAUGUUGUUAACUGCCGAUGGACGUUUAACUACUUUAUCAUCACCUAUCACUUUAAAUUUGAAUUCGGUAAAACAACAAAUGGAUAAAUUAAAUGAAUUAUAUUCACUCCGAGAGACAAUCAAACAACAUUUAGAUGAAGUGGACCAAUUAGGUUCUGCUUAUGAUACUUUAUUACAUACAUCAAGUGGAAUUGAUAAGAAUUUCGGACGUGGAACAACUUCAUCAAAUAAUGCUCAUAUUUCUGCUUCUUCAGCAGUACCACGUGUAUCCACUUCUGCUGCCUAUAAACAAUCAAAAGACAAUAAAUUAAUGAAUGUAUUAAGUCCAAUGGCUAGCAGUGGAUCAAGUGGCAUCUCCAGUGCCGAUCCUAUGUGUAAUCUACAUGAAAUUAAUGAAGUCAAUCGUGAAUUAGAUGAACUACACGAACGUUAUGAUCAAUUAGGUAAUUGUUUAAAUGAACGACGAAAUGAAUUUAAAUCUUUGAUAAUGAAUUUAAAUAAUUUUGAAGAGAAACGUUUAGAAUUAAUAAAUUGGCUUGGUGAUUAUGUAAAAACAGUGAAUAAUAUUAAUAGAAAUAUUUCUACUGUACAAUCUGUAAAUCAAGCUGUUAAUGAAUUAAAAAAAUAUCGUGCUCAGUUCAACGAACAAAUACCAAAACUUGAAAUUGUUCGUCAAAGUUUUACACAAGUUUUACACAAUCGUGAUCAUAUGCCAGGUGCUGUAGAAUUAAGAAAUUCAAUGCAUUCUCUUGAACAACAGUGGAAUGAAGCGGUUGUAUUGAAUGAUAAAUCGCAGCAAGAUUUAAACAAGUUACAACGUGAUUUAAACGAAUUCCAUAAACUUGAUAUUGAUCUCACACGAAAACUACAACAAAAAGCGAAUCGAAUACAUAAUGUACAUGACAAAUGCCUUGCAGAUAAUACCAUGGGAAGUGAAAGUCAUCUGAAUCAAAUUUCAACACUUCGUCAAGAAUUGGACAGUGUUGUUCCAGAAUUAAAUAAAUUUAAUCAUUUAGUACAAAAUUUCAAAAAUUUAAUUCCUGAAUCUUUAAUAAAUCAAUUAGACUUCAAUUCUACAAAUGAACGUGUUCGCAAUGAUUUCAAUCAAUUAGUAAACGAAUUGUCAAAAUGGGAAAGUGAAACAAUGAGUAAAAUUGAACCUAAAACUAAUUAUGAACAAUUAGUGCAACAAUUAGAUUCACAAUUGAAAACAAUUAAAACAAAAAUGGAAUGAAUAAAUUAUAUGAAGUUAAAAACAAGUUAUUUACAAGAUACAGAAAUACUUGGGAUUUGAGGGGCCUUGUUAAUAAUGUAGAAUUUUCAUAGUUCAAACUAUGAACUGAUCUUAGUUAGAUCACCAUGGAAAACUAUAAACUACCGACCAGCUGUUUUGUCCUAAUACAGAACUCUUCUACAAUUAGUAUUCGUGACCCCACCACAAGUGAUCGAACCCAGGACUUCUGGUUUCCCGGAAAUGUUUAAUCUCCAGACCACCUAGGCUGAAUUCAAUUACGUACACGUCUAACUUCAAGCAGUUUGAGAUACUGCGCUGCUGUCUUAUAUUGUGAGAUAAGUCAAGUAUACUUUGUACUACC